CCGGACACGAUGAACUCGCGGCCCACGGCUAUUCAUUUUGUUAAGUAAAGCAAGCCAUAGAUCGGACGCAUUGUAAUGAGUUAAAGCAGACAUGAAGGACCUGCCAGUGGAAUCAAAAGAUCACCAACUUACGGUGGCUCUACGGAUCCGUCCGCUAAAUGAAGCUGAGAUUGAGGAGGGGGCAACGGUGGUAGCCCAGCGCGUGGAUGACCAGAUGGUGGUUCUCAUGGACCCAUUUGAGGACACUGAGAAUCACCUGCGGGCCAACCGCUCCAGGGAGAAGACCUACAUGUUUGAUGUGGCCUUUGGCCAGCAAGCCCAGCAGGAAGAGGUUUAUCUUGCCACCACUAAGAGCCUGAUUGAGGGGGUGAUCGCCGGGUACAACGCCACUGUCUUUGCCUAUGGACCCACAGGUGCGGGGAAGACGUACACCAUGCUGGGCGUGGACUCAGAGCCGGGCAUCUACGUGCGCACCCUCAACGACCUCUUCAAGGCCAUCGAAGCGGGCAAGGAGGACAUGGACUGCAGCGUCUACAUGUCCUACCUGGAGAUUUACAACGAGAUGAUCCGAGACCUGCUGAAUCCGUCGUCGGGUUAUCUUGACUUGCGGGAGGACGCUAAGGGCGAGAUCCGCAUCGCCGGGAUCACCGAGUUCUCCACCAGCAACGCCAGAGAGAUUAUGGCCCUGCUGACCAAAGGCAACAAGCAACGGACACAAGAGCCUACUGCAGCUAACAAGACCUCAUCCAGAUCACAUGCUAUACUGCAGGUGACGGUCAAGCAGAAGAGCAGAGUGAAGAACAUCAAUGAGGAGGUCAGGAUGGGCAAACUCUUCAUGGUGGACCUGGCCGGGACUGAGAGGGCCUCACAGACCCAGAACAGGGGGAAGCGGAUGAAGGAGGGUGCCCAUAUUAACCGUUCCCUGCUGGCACUGGCCAACUGCAUCAACGCGCUGAGCGAGAGGGCCGGACGCGGCGCCCAGUUCGUCAACUACCGGGACAGCAAGCUCACCCGCCUGCUCAAGGAUGCUCUGGGUGGGAACAGCCGCACGGUGAUGAUCGCACACAUCAGUCCAGCCAGCACCAACUUUGAGGAGUCCAGAAACACACUCAUGUACGCAGACAAGGCCAAGAACAUCAAAACCAAGGUGAAGCGGAACCUGUUCAACGUGUCGUAUCACCUGGCGCAGUACACCAACAUCAUCGCCGAGCUGCGCAAAGAGAUCGAGAGGCUCCGCGCCAAGAUCGACGAGCAGGGCCACGAACAGAAGAAGGGCGAGAAAGCUGACAUCCGGGACGUGCAGGCUGAGGUGCAGGAGUACAGCCGUAGAGAGAUGGGCCACCUGCGUGAGCAGCUCCUGUCGGCCUUCAGAGAGCAGAUGGAGAUCAGACGCAGCCUCAUGGAGCUGGACAACUGCAGCAUGGAGCUGCACAUAGACACCAGCAGACACCUAGCCACCAUCUCAGACUGGGAGCGUGAGCGGGGCAAACGCGACCGAGGGAAGGACGAGGAAGAGGACGAGGAAGAAGACGAUGGGGGAGAGGAGGAGGAGGAGAGCGGAGGAGAAGAGCUAGUCGAGCCUCAGGACGUCACCCGCGCGCGCGAGGAGCUCGGGCCACUGCUGGCCGAACAGAGGAAGACCAUGUCCCUGAAGUUGGAGUUGGAGGAGAAGCUUGCCUCCAUGAAGCAGAAGUCGGGUCAUCUGGAGGAGCAGCUCCCGCAGCGCGUGGCCAACGCUGACCAGCGUGAGCUGCUGUCCCUGCUGUGCCAGACGCACGAGCUGGAGCUGGACAACACGGAGCUGCAGGCGGCCGCGCUGCGCCGACAGCAUGCGCUCCGCCCUCGCGACUUCCUGCUGCAGCGGCACGAGCAGCGCAGGCACCUCGCCGACGACAUCAUCCACCAGCAGCGCACCGUCAUCCAGGAUCACGGGCUGGUGGUGCCUGCAGAGCUGCAGCAGCUGUACUCUCUCUACCUGAGUGAGCUCAACGAGGGGGGCAUGGACCAGCUCCUCAACCUGCUCACCAUCACCUCCACCAGCGUCACGAACGACUCCAUCCUGGCCGUUGCUAAGCAGCUAAAGCUGGACGAGCUGGUCUCAGAGAUCCUCCAUGUCCACCACACCAACGCUGACCUUUCACCUCAUGCUGACAACACGAAGGGAACCGUAGCCGGGGCCAGUCACCAUGCCGCCACCGCCUCCUCCUCAUCAGGCCCUGACAACGACAGCAGUGACAGUAACCGAGUGUUCAGAUCCACCACUAAACCACGCGGCCCACGUCGCCGGCCAGUCUCGUCCAGCCCCCCGCCCGUGACACAGCCCACAGGAGGUAAGGUGGUGAGUGCAGUGAGUGCUGAUACUCUGCGGGAGAUCGCCAGUGACACCAAGAGCAUCUCAGUCAUUGCUGCCCGGAGGAGGUCACGCAUAAAGGCCAGCAGCAAUAGAGAGAGGAGUCGGUCCCUGGAGCGCGGCCUGGGCGCUGUCACUGGUGCCACAAUCGUCCCCAACGUCCAGCCACCUACAGCCGAGCCACACCGCGCCUCCGCUGCCACCAACACCACCACCACCACAACAACAACAACAACAACCACAACAAACGUCCCCAAGACUCCCUCCUUCUCCACAGCAACCAUAACCAAGGCAACGGGCUCGGCGCUGGCUGCGGUGGCCAGGCGAGGCCUGCGUGCGGCGGGGAGCGUGGACAGCCUGUCGGUCAGCACGCCCGAGGAGGAGCCCGGCACGGCGGAGAGUGGGCGGAGGAGGCCGACUGGCACCGGACACACCGGCCCCCGGAGGGAGCCGCAGAGACCGGAGCGUCGGAACGAGUCUCCGGAGAGGCAGCAGACACGACGUCGCCGCUCCAAGUCCUUCGACGUUAACGGCAAACGGAAAGCCAAGGUGGCCCCGUCCAAGAACCCUGUGUUGGAGAGCGUCUCUGAUAACCGCCUGGUGCGUCCCUCGCAGGCCACCGUCCAGCCCCUGCUCAGCAGCGCCGGGAACCCCGCCACUCCCCCUACAGCCAAGGUCAAACACCCCGUCUCCUAUCACACAAGAGAGAGUCCACUUCAGAAGCUGGAGAUCAGAGGCACUCCCCCCAGCACUGUCCACCAGAGGAACCAAGAGGGAAGGGUUGGACCGACGCUGCACAGACGUAUAAGGGCAGGUACCAUGGAGACCCCUGGCUCCAACCACCUCCUCCUGCAGCCUGGCAACCACAAGAAGAGCAGCAAUGGCGCCGGCAACGCCCGGCACAAGGCCAGCCAUGACGUCACCAGCAAACGCACAGACAACCACCUAAAGAAGGCGGCUCCAUGACUACCAUAGAAAAUCUUAAACCUUGUUAAAGCCACUGCGGUCCUGUGCUUUUAAAAGAUCCAGUUAGAGAGGUGAAGCACACAAGACAAUGUAACUGCUGUUUGUAGAGGAAGCUGUGUGAAUUCGUAUUUGAUUUUAUUUCAUUUAAUGUUGUAUGAAAAAGUCUUCCCUUUUCCUUCGUUUAACAUCAAAGUGUGUUCAUGAGUCUGUAUUAGGUUUCUUAUGACCCUCAAAUCCUAAUCCUGUAUUAGAUAGACAUACACUGUCAGUUAUGUAAUUAGCCUUACUGUGUUGAUUACCAUUAGUGAUAUAGACAGUGAAUAUUAAGGCUUAGUGUUACUAUUUUAGGCCUACCCAGUGACUGAACAAACAAAAAACAACUACAUUCUCUUCAUUUCUGUGCUCGUCGUGUUUUUGUACGUUUGUAAAUAAUAAAAAAAAAUCUAUGUUUGUAAAAUAA